AGCUCCGUGCAAACAGAAAAGCCCAGUACUGGGCAGUCAAUCCAUCUCAGCGAACACAGAGAAUAACAGGCUUUACAUUGAGAUUAAGUCCUUGUAGGCAGCUGGGAAAAUGCACCGCCUGGCAUCCAGCAGCAGGUUUCGGAACCUGCACAAGGAUGAUGAGAUGGCAGAACACACUGUUGCCCCACUGGCUUCGGAGGACAGUGACCACAAGGCCGACCCGCCAUCCGAUGACCAGGAGUACCUCCCUGGGUGCGCCGAUCUCGGCAGCGAUGGCGUGGGUCGGCGGGAGAGGAGGAGGAGGAGCGGCAGGAAGAAGCAGCUCUCCUGCUUCAUGAAGGACGACUCGGAGGACUCGGAGAUUGAGCACAUCCUGAAAGAGCUCCCCAGCGACGUCGGGCAGCCGGGGGACAGGGAGGCAGAGGGCACCGCCAGCCCUCCCAGCCCGGGGACUCCCCUCUUCUUGCGCCCCCCAGUGGCAGGCAGGGCGUUUUCAGAGGCAGCUAUAGACACAGAGCAGAGGCACAGGUUUCAGCUGGCGGCACAGGACUGUAUCCUGCCCACACCACUCAGCCCCUCGCGGCCAAAGAGCCCCUGGGGUAGAUUUGACCCCUAUGACUCAGACGAGGACCAGGAUAAGGAAUAUGUGGGAUUUGCGACAUUGCCAAACCAGGUGCACCGAAAAUCGGUGAAGAAAGGAUUUGACUUCACACUCAUGGUGGCAGGGGAAUCCGGCCUGGGGAAAUCCACAUUAGUGAACAGCCUCUUCCUGACAGACCUAUAUAAGGAAAGGAAAUUGCUCAAUGCAGAAGAGCGAAUCACCCAGACUGUGGAGAUUACCAAACACACAGUGGACAUCGAGGAGAAAGGGGUCAAACUGAAACUCACGAUUGUGGACACUCCGGGCUUUGGGGAUGCCGUCAACAACACCGAGUGCUGGAAGUCGGUAGCGGACUAUAUCGACCAGCAGUUCGAACAGUACUUCAGGGACGAAAGCGGGCUGAACCGCAAGAACAUUCAGGACAACCGUGUCCACUGCUGCCUCUACUUCAUCUCCCCCUUCGGCCACGGCCUCCGGCCCCUGGACGUGGAGUUCAUGAGGGCUCUUCACGAGAAGGUGAACAUCGUGCCAGUACUGGCUAAGGCCGACACUCUCACCCCUGCUGAAGUGAGGAAGAAGAAGAUGAAGAUUCGAGAGGAGAUCGAGCAGUAUGGCAUCAAAAUCUACCAGUUCCCCGACUGCGACUCCGAUGAAGAUGAAGAAUUCAAACAGCAGGACCAAGAGCUCAAGGUACUUGCCGGGCCACUGCGACGGAUGCAGGAGAUGCUGCAGAAGAUCCAGGAACAGAUGCACGGACAGAAGGAGGGAUCUUAA